AUGGAUAUCAACAAAGCCAAGCCGGGUCGGCUGCCAGGUCUCAAUCAAGCCAAGUUAGAUACCAUGCCAUAUGACCUCAAGGUCGACCUUGCAAAGUAUCUUGAUGCUGGAUCAGUCAAAGCCUUACGUCUCACCUGCCGUGCUCUGUACGAUGCUUUCUCGGGACCUCUGUUCGUGCCCUAUCUGGGCGUUCAAAAGAUCAACUUCGAACGUGAAAACAUGGAAAGCCUCAUCCGACUGGUUCUUUCAGAGAAAUACCCAGGCGUCAUUAAUGAGCUCAAGUUCGUCGUUCCGUUCUUCGACUCAUCUCACAUAAGACGACAAGCUACCACCGCCGCAGACGCGGCGGUCGUCAGAGCCACCGAGAUGCGCAGUGCCACCCUGGAAAGCUUCAUGGCUGCUGGCUGCGGAGAGCUCCUGACGUUUGCCCUUAAGUAUUUGAGAGCUGUUAAGCUUGUUAGCAUUGAACUUGCAUUCUGCAACUUCCCCCAGUUUCGUCUUGGAUUCGACGUGAUUGAAAUGCAUCGAUUCGGUAUGCGUGUCUCCAACAUCAUCUGGAACGCCAUUCUGAGUGGAGGUCUCCGAUUCAAAGAAUUGAUCGCUUUUGAUGCAACCAAGCCUUGCUCGGUCAGCUUGUGGAGAUUGGCACGCAUGGCCGAGACCAACGCUAUCAGCCCCGAAAGCCGCUGGCGCAUGCGCCACAUUGAGUCGUUCACAAUGCGUGUGACAUCCCAGCAGCUCAUUGAUGAGGUGUCUGCGGGUAACAUGGACCAGCGUCGCCAGCUCGUGCUGUCUUUUCUGCGCUAUUUAACGCAGAUGUCUAACCUGGUGAUUUUGAAGCUCAUCAUUUACAACACCACCCAAGGUACCAACCUGAACAACUUUCUCUCGCAAGGUCUGGUCUCUCGCAUUCAGUGGAACCACCUGCGAAGCUGUACCCUGGGAGGCUUGAAUGUUAGUGCACACGACCUCACGUAUUUCCUGCGUCGACACAGCCAUAUCUCCUAUCUGAGCUUGGAUCGAUUCAUCUUGGUCACUGGUCACUGGGACGAAGUUUUCAGAGUCAUAGAGGCAGAAAUGCCGAACUUGGGUAUGAUUCGACUGGCCUUUUUGAUGCACAAUCGCACCGCAGACAACGCAACUCGCGAGGUGAAUCUUUUCCCCAUCUGGGAGCCGCAGACGUUCGAUCGAGUCAUGUUCUACAGCAGCAUCGGCCACGCUUACACUCGAGUCGGCAUCAACAUGUGGGUCCACACACGAUACUUCGACCGCGAUGAAAUCAAUCGUGGACUGGAGUUCUGGCCAUUGAGCCCUGAAGGUUCGGGUCUCCAUCCAGACACUAUUAUGGUGAGGGAGCAGCACGGGCUUUGGCCCUAUUAA